AUGGCCCCUAACGGUCAGCGCAUGGGUAGCAAGUUCUUACAUCAGAUCACAGGGUUGGGCGGGAAUCAAGCCCAAGAUACAUCGACACAGUCGAGCAACAGUGCAAGUUCGCCCAUGAAGAAUCAGCUCGCCUCGCUCUUCCACAAAAAAGAGCCGGCGCGCGUCACGUCGCCUAUUGAGACGCCGCCUGUGUCGGCUCCUUCUGGGUAUACCCAGGGAGACAGCGCUGGUCGCUAUAGCAACGACGCGAUGAGCGGACGUCGGUUUUUUGGUGCCGACACUAGCGGCGCGGGUCGCCCGUCAAUGGACACGAAUGGCGUGCAGGCAGGCCGCUUUCCCCAGGCAGGGGGCUUUGGGCAGCAAGUGAACAAUUUUGGCAGUGGCGCCAUGCAGCAAACUGGCCAGCUGGGUAUGGGUGCCACGCGCAUCACGCAGCAAGGCAUGAACCAGGUCGGCCAAUUUGGUCGCGAUGGCUGGCAGUAUGCAGGCCAGGGCCUUGAGGGCCUUGGCCAGAACACCCUUGGCCAGGUGGACCAGGCUGGACAAAACACGAUCGGCCAAGCGGGUCCCUUUGGCCAAAACGCGCUCGGGCAAGCAGGGCAGUUUGGCCAGAACACGCUCGGACAAGCGGGCCAGUUUGGCCAGAAUGCAGUCGGGCAAGCGGGCCAGUUUGGCCAGAACACGGCAGGUCAAGCAGGGCAGUUUGGCCAGAACACGCUCGGACAAGCAGGCCAGUUUGGCCAGAACACGGCAGGUCAAGCAGGGCAGUUUGGCCAGAACACGCUCGGACAAGCAGGCCAGUUUGGCCAGAACACGGCAGGUCAAGCAGGCCAGUUUGGCCAGAACACGGCAGGUCAAGCAGGGCAGUUUGGCCAAAACGCACUCGGGCAGGCAGGCCAGUUUGGCCAGAAUGCAGUCGGACAAGCAGAUCAGUUUGACCAACACAUGAUCGGACAAGCGGGUCAGUUUGACCAGAACACGGAGGGUCACAUGGGACCGUUUGGCCAAAGUUCUAUGGGCUAUGCCAGCGAUGGCGCCGGUCAGGUGGGCUCUAUGGCGCAUACUCCAGUUGGCUUUGCCGGAGAGGGACCGGACCAGAGCGCCAUUAGCCAAGCCGGCCCACAUGGCCAGACACGUUCUCUAGAACAGGGCCCUGAUUCCAAUGCGCCCCAGGUGCCUUACGGGCAGGACACGAGCGUGUCUGGCGCACCGGCGUCGUAUGCAGCAGGGAACACAGGUGCAGCGUGGUCCGUGGCGGAGCCGGCCGCGGCGCCUGCAGAUGCAUCGCAAGAUUCAACGGUCUCGCCGGUACGCUCGCAAGGACCGCCAGCGCCAUGGAUGUCGUCUGCGCCGCCCAAGCACGAGGACCCUGUUGAUGCAGUCCAAUUGGCACGGACGUACUACGUGGAGCUUCUGCAGUUCUUCCGCACGCAGCCGGCGAGGCACUCGCUGCUUACACCGUCGCGCUCGAACGCGCGGGAAAAGCUGACGCGUCUGAACAAGCAGCAGUUUUCGGAACUCUCGACGGAUGUGCAUGAUGAGCUGCAGCGGCGCCAGGACGUGCAGCAGCAGCUACCGUACCUGCCGGGCCGCGAUGACUUCCAUCCUAAGCGCAACCAGGCGCGACAGAAACUGUCGACGUUGCCCAAGAGCCGCUUCCGCGAUCUUGCCUCAGAUGUCUUCUUUGAGCUGGAACGACGGUAUCCCGAGCUGCCUCUUGAACUGCGCAGCGAGUCGCUGGAGUACCUCAUGGGCGGACGCGAUGCGCACGACGGACCGCCGCCGGUGCCGAACAGCAACGUGGUGAGUGUGGCCUCUGUGCCAGAGGAGCAGUCUGUCGUGUCUUCUGCGGCGCCAGAAAAGGCGCCUAACACGAAUCGCCUCUCCAAUACGACACUAGCCCAGCGGCAGCUGGCGGAGGUCAUGGCCGACGCCCAGCAGCUGACGAGCUCGCAGGUGUAUGUGCCGCCGCGGAGCACGGCGGUCGAAGACGAGCCUGCGGCGAUCAACACGCGCGAGGUGCCGGAACCGACCGUGUUGUCCGUCGACCGCGACAUCCCUGCCCCGAGUUCCGUCCAGCCGGCGCCGCCAAUCGCCACGGAGACGGUGGCGAGCGUGCCGAUGGUGCCGGAGCCGGCCCCGGCCCCGGCCCCGGUCCCGGCGCCGACAGCGGACCUGAAGGCGUACGAGGAGCAAGUGGCCGAGCUCCAGCAGCGAGUGCGCAUGCUCGAGACGCAGGAAGUGACGCUGCGGGACGAGGGCGACCAGACCCGGCGGCAGCUGGACGAGCUGCAAGCGCGGAAUGCGGCGCUGGUGAGCCGCGUCGCACAGCUCGAGCAGGAGUUGGAUGGGCAUGUGCAGCAGUCGCGGGACCUGCAGGCGCAGAGCGAACAGCAUCGCUCGGCGCUGGAUGACAAGCACGCGGAGCUGCUACAGUACCGCGCCGACCUCGACGAUUUGCGGCGGCAGUACGACGACCUGCACCUGCAGCAUGCGUCGCGUGCGCCAGACGCGGACGCCGAGAUGCAUUGGAAGCGCGAGAUCGAUCUCCUGCAGCAGAACACGGCAGAGCACCAGCGCAUGGUGCAGGGGUUGCGGGAUGAGGUGGCGUCGCUGCUGGAUGAGCUGCGCCGUCUGAGUGCGCGCAAUGAUGCAAUGACCGCCGACAAAGAGUCGGAUGUGGCGAUUAUCCGCGACCUGCACCAGCAGAUGUCGACGUACAAGCGCCGCUUCGAGCAGGCCAAGACGGAGCUGCGCAUGGUACAGACGACGGCGCAGCUCUGGGCGCAGCCGCAGGCGGAAGAGUGGAAGCACAUGUCGGACCGCGGCGCGAUCGCCGAUACGAACUUGCAGGCGUUCCAGUCGUCGAUUGACGAGCUGCUUGCGGCCGCUCGCUCGACGACGCCCUCUAACGUGCUGAUUGCGAUGAAGACGGUGGUCCUGUCUACCACACUCCUGUCUGACGAUGUGGCCAAGUUUGAGUCGCAGCCGGAGAACAUGGAGUCGCUUACCGCGCAGCAGCGCGAGGAUGUCCACUCGCUCAAGACGAGUAUGUCAGAUGCGCUUUCGAACCUGAUGACCGCAUGUCGCCAUCACGCGUCGUCGCAGGGCCUCUCGCCUGUGAGCCUUGUGGAUGCGGCCGCGACGCACGUCGCGACCGCGGUCGUGGAGCUGAUCAAGCUGCUCAAGCUCCGCCACGUGCCGAAGCCUGCUGAGGACGAUGCGAGCCUGGACAGCCCCAACGACUCGACGAUGCCGAGUGGCCUCAAGCCGCUGCACAUGCGCGGCGCGGCGUCGCCGCCCAACAUGAUCCCACGCUCGUUCCCUCGUGCAGCGGUGUCAAGUCCGUCGCUGCGCUCCCUGUCCUACUCUCAUUCUAACUUGGAGAGCCGCAUGCUGGCCAUGGACAAGCAGGGCUUGUCGGGCUCGCCCUCACGGAGUGUAGCGGCGCCCUCAAGUGGUUUGUCGCCACUGCCGCCAAUGCCGCCGACCCCAGCGCCGCGCGAGCAGCCGACCCCAGCGCCGCGCGAGCUGCCGAGCAUCCCCAAUGCGGCCCCCAGCGCGCGUGAGCCGGCGCCCACAUCUCUGCUGACCCUGCCGUCGGUGUCAGCCGCUGCGCCGUGGAGCGUCAACAUGCAGGCGCAGGACGCGCAGAGUUCGAUCGCGUAUGGCGCUGCCGUUGCGGCACCCGUUGACGAAAUGACCGCACGUGAAGAGGCGGAUAACUGGGCGGAACUGCGCAACUACAUCGAGGUGCAGACGGAGGCGAUCGUGCAUUCGAUCCAGUCGCUGUUGUCGGCACUACGGGAAGGCGCGCAAGGUGUGCAGCUGAAUGAGAACCUGACGCAAAUCACGACGAUCGUAUCGUCGAUUGUGGCCAUUUCGCGCGAUCACCUGCCGCAAGUGUCUACGCGGCAACCGUCGAUGGCCACGGAGGCCGAGCGCAUCUUUGCCGAUCUGACGGAGAACUGUGACCGUUUGAGCGACAUGCAGAGUAAUGAGACCUUUGACCGCUCCGCCAAGAGCGUCAUGGCCAGCGCUUCGUACGGCGUGGCCAAGGGCCUGAAGUCGCUCAACGAGCUGCUCACCGCGGCGGACGAAGCCCCCUAG